CUGCGUCUAGUCUCAUGUAACAAGUCAGAAGUCAGAGCCAAGGUCAAACUUUCAAUACUAAAUGCCGAAAGAAAAGAAGCCAUUGCUACGGUGUGCCAGCAUGCAAACCGAUUCGUGCAAGGCCAUUCGGUGGGCUACCCUAAAUUCAUCCCAAGAGACUUCCUGCUGGAUGAAGCAAACGGUCUGUUGCCCGAUGACAAGCUCACCAUAUUUUGCGAGGUGAGCGUAGUAGGGGAUAGUGUAAACAUCUCGGGACAGUCAAAUGCGAUACAGUUCGAAGUGCCGGAGUGUCGUCUCUCAGACGACCUCGGCUUGCUGUUUGAAAACCAGAAGUUCAGCGAUGUGGCCUUGUCAGUAAGUGGACGGGAGUUCCAGGCCCAUAAAGCGAUAUUAGCAGCUCGGAGUCCUGUGUUUGCAGCCAUGUUCGAACAUGAGAUGGAAGAAAGGAAACAUAACCGGGUUGAGAUAACAGAUAUAGAUCAUGAGGUUCUGCGUGAAAUGUUGCGCUUCAUAUACACAGGCAAAGCAACCAACCUUGAGAAGAUGGCUGAUGAUUUGCUCGCUGCUGCCGACAAGUAUGCACUAGAGAGGUUAAAAGUCAUGUGUGAAGAAGCACUGUGCACGUACCUGUCGAUAGACAAUGUAACCGACAUGUUGAUGUUGGCAGACUUGCACAGUGCAGACCAGCUCAAGGCACAGGCCAUCGCCUUCAUUAACACGCGUCCUACAACAACAAAAAAAUGGAAAUUCAGCAGAUGUUGGAACUUCUUUUCAAGAAAAUGAGAGCUGGCGAAGGAGACCUACUUGGAUUUAUUUGUUGCGUGACACACAAAGUACGUAACAGUAUGUUUGACGUUUCAUUCAGUUUAUUGUGUAUUUUUGUACAUACUACUUAGCAGUUUUCUUACUCAAAAUUAAGGUAUCAUAAUACUAGGCCUACAAUAAGAAUUAGUUUUAACUCUUGCAAUUAACCAAAAUAUGUAUUGAAAUGAAACGAUAUUUAACUAUCAAGUAUUUAA